AUGGCUGCCGAUCCGAUCACUGCUGAUACAGCAGCUGAACUGCUCAACUACGACCUCUCUGAUGACGACCCUUUCAACGACAACCCAACUAUCUCGCGCGACGACAAGCCCACACUCUCGCCCCGCGGCACGAAGCGCAAGAAUGACGAUGACAAGGAAAACUUCCUCGGCCUAGAUGAUGAGGUCACAAUAAAGAAGAAGCGGAAGCCUACAGUCAAGCUUGAUGAAGCUAGAGUUCUCUCUGCGCCGGGCAUACCAAAACUUCGCGAGAUCGCCCGAUCGACGGCUGGAGUGACGCGAAAAUUGCGCAUGAAGGGCAAAGGGCAUGAGUUUACUGAUGUUGCUAAACUGCUUAACUUCUACCAACUAUGGCUUGACGGUCUUUACCCGCGAGCGAAGUUUGCCGACGGUCUGCAAUUGAUCGAGAAGGUUGGCCAUAGCAAGCGUAUGCAAGUGAUGCGGAAAGAAUGGAUAGACGAAGGCAAGCCCGGCUAUAUCAGACCUGGCACGGAGCUUGUGGAGAGCAUCUUGAAUGGAGACUUCCAAUCGGAAGAAAAGGCUGGACACAACGGCCAGCCAAUGCGAACCCAAACGUCGGGCGGGCCACAGGUGGAGGAGGACGACAUGUUUUUCCCCUCACCCAGCAAGGCCGGCCGGCAAGAAUCACUCGGGGCUGGAGAUCCUGAUGAUGAAGAGCUGGUAGAUCUACUUGCUGCGCAGAGUGAUCGACCCCUGGUCCCUUCAAAGCACACCAAUGUUCAACCUGAUUCAGAGGGCGAAGACGAUCUGGAUGCUUUGCUAGCCGAACAAGAUUCGUUGCGUCAAUCCGGGCCCCUUUUCAACCAGACCCGACGUCCGGCAGAAGCCGAUGAUGGUGGAGAUGAUGACCUCGAUGCUCUGCUUGCCGAACAAGAAUCUCGAAUCGCUGCUUCAGAUCAGACUGCCACCACGCGGCCCACAGCGCAUUCCGCAAUUGGAACGCGAGCUGACAGCUCAUCCCGACCUUCAAGCAGUCACUCGGCCAGCAAAAGGAAACAAGCCAUUUUCGAUGACGCUGAUUCGGAAGGUGAAGAUGAUCUCGAUGCUCUGCUCGCCGAUCAGGAAGCUCGGAAGCGUCACUCGACGCCGCCAACCUCGCCGCACGAUCGGGCCGAGGCGCAUCCUGAACCCGUGAAGUCCAGUCAGCACGAAGCGAAAGGUGACUCCCAGGCGACGGUAGCUAAGAUAUUCUCCUCUUCGCCCCUGCGAAAUGAUUCGUACAAGGAUGGCCUAGGCAUGAAGAUUCAUUCUUCCUCUCCACUACCAAAUAAUCCCGAGGAGGAAGAUGAUUUGGAUGCGUUGUUGGCCGAAGAGGGAAUGUGA